UAAACAUACUAAUUAUGAAGAGAUCGUUAACCACCACUCAAGUCUUAUUUGCUGUAGUUUUGAUUUUAUCUCUCUUCCUGCUGCAGAAAUACUACAACCUUACGAACUUCAGCACAGAGCCCCUGAUGAAGAGAGAAGUUACAGCCUUUGGCACUAAGGGUUUAUUCAUCGACUGGUACAACGUUACAUCAGCAUUUCGUAUUAGCAAUCAGACAAGUCGCUAUUUCAACCCAUCAGAAAAUUUCGCCAUCAUCGACUAUGACCACUGUAAGAAAAAUGGAACGUCUGUUGUCAUGACAACACCAGUGGGACAUUACCGGACAUGCGCAGUAGUCGGCAACAGCGGCAUUCUCCGUGACAGCGGCUGUGGGGACGACAUUGACCGCAAUGAUUUUGUUAUCAGAGUAAAUGAUGCUCCAUUAAAGACAUUCGAACAGGAUGUCGGUGAGAAGACGAACAUGACCAUUAUCAACCGCAUAGUGCUAAACAAAAUGGAUAGAGUCGAUUUUGACCCCCAAUGGAUAAUUUCUCGGAAUAACUCCAUAAUGAGCUAUAUACUCGUCAACCGCACAAACCUUCCUGCUUUAAACGCGAUGAUAAGGAGGUUGGAUCUUAACAUCACAAUCACGUAUUCGGUGUCUCCACCAAAGCAAUAUAUCAAAACGUUCUGGAAUGAGAAGUACAACAGCAACCUUUCCAAUGGGGGUACAACUGCCGGACUCAAUACCUACACCCUUGCCAGUACAUUUUGUGACGUCAUCACCCUAUAUGGCUUCUACCCAUAUCAAAGGAAUGUUCACAACAAAAAAUUACAUUACCAUUACUUCGACGAGACGGAAGUGGAAAUGGAAGUCAACAGAAGUAGACACGAUUUUUUUCACCAGCACGAACUUUUAAAAUCACUACAUGACAGUGGGGCACUUAAGUUGGUAACGGAUGUAUGUAAAUAAUGAAUCGACGAAACCAUUUCGCAAAAUCUGUCAGAAUGUGCGAAUUUUACAGUCUUAUUCAUUUCAGCUUUAUUACAACAAAAUGUAAAAGGUUGGGGGAAACAGGAACAUACUCCUUUUUAAUGCCCCCACCAAUAUAAACUGAUAAGGAUUACAUAAAUAAUAAAACAAAAUAAACAAUAACAGAAAUCAUAACAACACUAUUUACAAGGGUGACGACAAAGAAUUAACAAAUCAUAUAAUGAACGUUGAGGUAAAUAGAACGGCGAGCCAACGAUAAAUAAUAAAUCAUUCGAUAAGUAAUAAAUGAUACAUAAUAGGUCAGCAGCAGUAUGAGCAAAAACAGCAAAUGAAAACAACGCGAUGAUAAUAGUGAUAAUAAUAAUUAUAAUAUCAAUUAGUAACAACAUUUGAUUAGAAAUGAAAAGGUA